UUUUAACGUGACGUACAAUUCACGGACCAAUUCUCAAAACAAGUCCGACUGUUUUGGAUUACGGAUAACAUACCCAAGUUACCACUUGUCUGCCCUUUUAUCAGUAUUUAUUCAUAAUUAAAGCAAAAUAUUUGAAAUCCUUGAAAAGGCAUCUAUAUUUCAUAUAAUGGCGUCACGAUCACCAUCUUCAUCCCCAGGCUCAGCGACGGGCUCUGGUACUGAUCCAGCCCGGCCUGAUACCGGAGAGCCGCUCGGUGGAGGAUCCGAUUCGGAUUCAGAUUUUGGAUUAGGAAAAUUUGAUUGUGGUGCAGCGGAUACGGCGCUGCGAUUAGAAGGAGAAGAUCUGGAGAACGAGUUUGAAGCGGCAGCAGAUCGGGUCAGAGAUCUCGUCCAGACAGCCAGUAGAGAGCAGCUGCUAUAUCUGUACGCCAGGUAUAAACAGGCCAAAGUUGGAAAGUGCAAUACGUCGAAGCCUGGUUUCUUCGAUUUUGAGGGUCAGAGAAAAUGGUCAGCAUGGAAGCAGCUGGGGGACAUGAGUGCAGAGCAGGCUAUGCAGGAGUAUGUGUCUUGUGUACAGGUCCUGGAUCCAGAUAGCAGCCAGAAGGAGCGAAGGGGAGGUGAGAAACGAUCUGGUGGAUUCGGUGGGCCGGCAGUCAGCUCUCUAUACCAGGAAGAAAAGAUCAGCGAAGAGGACAAAAACAUAUUCGAUUACUGCAGAGAAAAUAACAUCGAACACGUCAGCAAAGCAAUCAGCUCCAAAAAAGUGGACGUGAACGCAAAGGACGAAGAGAGAUGUUUUUCCCACACGGAUAAAACGCCAAAGGUCACUGGAAGUGCCAUCCAUCCGUUCAUCGCAUUUUUAUUCAUGUUUUAUCGUGACCAACUGGCCUGUUUAAUGUCUUUCAGCACUGCAAUCCUGAAAGUGGGGAACCAGUUGGCUCACCAUCAGGUCGGGACAGAUGGCAGUCUUUGUCAAUCCACCAUUGUUUGUCUCGGUGGUGCAGUUCAACACAUUAGUCUCUAGAGGGCACUAGUGAAUUUUGAAAAGUGGUCCCUUUAAGAACAAGGGGAGAAUAAAAUACAGGUGGAUUGUUUGGAAUUUUAAUAUAGGUCUGUGUUCUUCUUACAGACCCACAAGUAAAGCUUAUUUUACCCCUUUGUUAACACCAGAACAGAAAUGUCUAAAAUUAUACUAGCUAUUUAUUUUAAUUAUUAUCCUGAUGGUGAGUUCAGAAACAUCUGGUGACAUUUUCAAAUCCUGUUUCCUCCUCUUUUCUCCAUCAUUGUGUUUCCAGUUCCCAAUUUUUUAAAACAUUUGACAUAAUCAAUAAUGGAUUUGUUCUCGAAGCGUAGUAAUAAAGACCAGUUCUUGUGAUUUUGAGGGUCCGAACUGUGUACAGCUUGUCGUCCACCAUGCACAGCUGUGCCAUACGUUCAAGGUCACACCUGUAAAGAAUGAGGCAUCGCUUCCAACCUAAAGCCCUUCUUGCUCAAAAUGGUUCUUUAAGUUGCCGCAGCAUUAAGAAUUGAUGUAUGAUCUCCGCUCCAAACAUAAUGCCAUUUGAUGUUUUCAGCAGAAGCUGUUGCCAGUGGUUUAAUUUGGGCUGAGAUGAGCUUCAUGGCUGCCUUUUGACCUCCUGGGGGUCAGUUUAUCUCUGCGGGGGUCAAAUACAUUACCCUUAACGUACAGUGUAUCGGGAAGCGAGUCGGCGAGGACAAUAAUCUUAAUGUUGAUGAUAAUAGAUCAGUUAUGUAAGGUGGGAUAAUAAUGGAUGGUGACCAGAGGUACACGUGGACCUGGGGGGCAUCACACAGGUGGCAAGUGUGUACUCAAAUAUGUUGUUUUUCUGAAUUAUUGGUUGUAUUGUGACAGAUGCAUACUCCUUAUUGUGAUUCUGAUGUCCCAAAUGCCCAGAGGACAACAGGUCUACACACGCCUCCGACACACACGAGCCCCUCCGCCCGAACAAAAGAGGGCUGGAUUCAUUUGUGAGAAUGUCCCAAGAAUUUCUUGCUUUCUUUUUCUCUCUCUGUCCGUGCUGGAGCAGCCCCAUCAAUUACAGGCAAUUGAGCCAGCAGCUCUCCACCCUCUUUGGCAAGGACAUUGUAAAGCAAGUGGUUUCCUAUUCAUCCACGCUGGGACCCGUUCAAUGUACCGCCCCGCAGUAGAGUCCAUGGCUGUCACAGUUAAUCCAGAGCUCUUACACACAGACAGGAAGGUGUAAUCAGUGGGAUUUUCUACAUCUUAACUCUUUCUGGGGUUCUUCCGCUGAGACAGAGGGAAAUUGUGAAGGGUGUUGGUUUUUCCAUAUGUUUGCCGAGACAUUGUUACAUUGACAGAGAGGCUGUAUCUAGUGUUUAUUUUGUGUUCACGUCUUGUUGAAUUAUCGCUUUUUAAAGGGGUCAUAUGGCGCGAACACGUUUUUUCUGUGUCGUUGGUGUGUUAUAAGUUGCCCAUGCAUGUAUUAGACACGUAAAAUUGCAAAAAUAAAAGUGUCGGAACAAAAGAUGCAUUCUAUCUAAAAGCGAAUGCUCACCCAGACCUGCCGGAAACACCUCGUGUAACCACACCCCCACAAAUCUACGUCAGUUCGUGGUAUGAUUUGACUAGGACCGCACAAAUGUAUACGCAAGUAAGGUGGGCGUACCUGUCAGUACAAUUGCUUUGGAACCUGAUGUUCCACAUAUGGUAAGAGGCGUUACAUUUCCGUCACACACUUGCAGUAUUCGACCAAAUACUAAGUACUGUUUAACUGGCCAAUCAUAGCACACCUCGCUUUUCAGAGCGAUGAGCUUUGUUAAAAAUCUGCGCGUUCCAGAGAGGCGGGGCAAAGAGGAGAUACAAACAUGCACGGUAUGUGGAAAAUACAGCGCUUUUGAACCUUAAAUCGUGUUUACACAUUGCAUUACAUCUAAAACAAACGAUAAUAUUCUUUUAGCCGUGUCAUAUGACCCCUUUAAAGGCUUUUUUUUGUUUCAAUAGCUGUCCUCAUAAUGCUAAUAAUUAAUAUUUUAAAAGAUAUUUUGAGGAAUGUUGGUAACCAAACAACAUCGGGCCCCAUUGACUUCCAUUGUAUGGAUACAAAUCCAGACAUUUCUCAGAAUAUCUUCUUUUGUGUUCUCAGAUGAAAUAGUCACAUACAGGUUUUGAAUGACAUCAAGGUAAAUAAAUGAUGACUGAAUUUUUAUUUUUGGGUGAACUGUCCCUUUAACCUGUUGAUAGUUUUUAAUGUGCCAUGAUCACUGAGCUUUUUUGAUGGCAAUAUGAUGCAAGUAUCAAAUGGUAAUACCGUAGUAUUUUUAUUAUUAUAAAAACUAUUUCUGUUAUAUUUCUUGGAAACGUCUUGUUGGUGAUUUUGGAGUUUUAGGGCUGUGAAGUGAAGAAUGCUGCGCGUCUUGAGAGGAGAAAAGAAAAAUGUUCGCCUCCGUCUUUGAUGAAAAUUUGACAAACAGCCGCCCCCAUCCCCCCCCUAAAAAAGAAAAAACCUUGUGGUGUAAGGCAUCAUAAAUAUCAAUUUUAACAUGCAGCAGUGGAGAUCAAUAUAAUUUCGGCCAUGGAAUACGACUUAAGGAGUUUGCUUCAUCUAAUUGGCCUUCACUGAAAAAUGAACUCUGCAGCCUUGAUAGGGACAAGCGGCUUCAGGCCCGGGUGGCAGCCGGAGAGGGGGACGGCAUGGGUGAUCAAGGGUCUACUCUCUUUUUGUCCCUGGGACCCCAUCAAUCACUGCUAAAGAGUCUCCCGUCCCACUGCAAUUUGUUUCUGUAGCGCCCAUGGCCUUUCCCUCCCACAAUGGCCUACUCUCUCGCCUGCACGGCGGCCAGAGAAGAACUCAUCCUGUCAGCACAUCGCUUAAUAGUUGGGUCUAAAGGCUCUGAGUUAUAAAUUGUUGUGCAUAAUUUAUUUUUUCUAGAGGAGAGAAAUCUAUUGUGAAGUUAACUUUAUACAGGUCUGCAUAACAAAAGGGAAUAAAUGAAUGUGUUAGAGGUGAAGAGGGAUUCAUCCAUCUAAUGGAGUGGACAGUUCAAUGGUUUUCGGCUGCAGAGGUCCUUCGCAAAUACCUGCUAUUAUUAAAUAUUCUGCACACCUCUCGACUUCUGCUCAUUCAGACUCUCGGUAUCGAAGGCAGACGGAGAGUUUAUUUGAAUUGGAGUAAGGGAUGUUUUGCAUUUUUUUGAGCAAAACGUUGGUGUCUUUGAAUUCAUAGAAGCUGUCCAACGCAGCCAAUACUGACAGUGUGGCAACGGGUUGUAUUAGUUUUGACAAUUUUACUGUUUUUCAUUGUUGUGUAUUUGUUUCAAUUUUAUUUAUUUUUAAACAUUAAUAUUAGGCUUGUUUAAAUUAUGAAUUAUUAGUGCUGUGAUAUCGAUUAAUCGUGAUGUUCGUGAUGUUUACAUUAUAUGUGUGUGUGGCGUGCAUAUUAUUGUAUAUACAGUAUAUAAAUGUAUAUACACACACACAUACAUAUGUAUAUAUAACAAGUAUUUACAUAAAUAUGUAUACAUUUCUAUUUAAAUAUAAUUAACAUGAAGUAUAAAUAUAUAUAUUACAA